CAGGAAGGCCUAGUAAGUCCAGUUUAGCAUAUCCAAGAAAUCAGAGUAAAAUGAAUGAAUAACAAUACUUCAUGUUAUAUAGCGCCUUUCACAAAGUGCGGCAUUACAUAGUCUCCCCAGCCUAGCAAUUCGAACCUAACUGUAAGAGACUUUACUUCUUUAUUUAUGUUUUACUUUUCCUCAGUACCUAACUUCCUCACUGUGUGUACGUCAAUCUCAAUAGUUUUAACUUCUUUUUAUUUCAGACCAAUGCUGUUUAAUGUUCAUUGUCUGACAGUAAGUGAGUACGGUCGUGCAAAUCUCCACCCCCAGAUCCCCUAGACAGGCUCAGUACCCCAUGUGCCUUCCUUUCUCCCAUCCCUGUCCUUACACAGCAGGCAGGAGCUGGCAGAGCUAGCAGUUUGUUUCCGCUCAGUAAACUUUGGCCACACCCACAGUAACUCCUCUUCCAGUGACGGCUGAAAAACUUCCAGCGUGUGGCCUACUGCAUCAACAGUGGGCGGGUCUUCCCAUUCAAGUGUCAGUCACAGAGCAGGCAGAGAGGCUCUAUAAAGGUGGCCAGCUGACUGACUGUCCUGGCACACAGGCAGAGCACGAGACAGACGAGCACCAAAUUUUCAAUCACACCGGCAGCAAAAAUGGGCAUCCUUCUGGCUAAAAUCUACCAGUCUCUCUAUGGUCUUCAAGCCAGAAUCCUGAUGCUGGGGCUGGAUGCGGCAGGCAAGACUACUAUCUUGUACAAACUUAAGCUGAACGAGACAGUCUCCACCAUUCCAACCAUCGGCUUCAAUGUUGAGACAGUGGAGCCCAUCCGUGGCGUAUCCUUUACAGUGUGGGACGUAGGUGGCCAGACUAGAAUUCGGCCACUGUGGAGACACUAUUUCACCAAUACGCAGGGUCUGAUGUUUGUGGUGGAUAGCGCUGACCCUGAACGCUUUGCAGAGGCUCAGGAAGAGCUGCAGUGUGUCCUGGAGCAACAGGAAUUGAGAAGGGUGCCCCUCGUCAUUCUGGCCAACAAGCAGGACCUGCCAGGGGCCCGGCGGCCUGAUGAGCUUGUGGAGAAGAUGGGGCUGAGGAAGAUAAUGGAUCACGAGUGGCAUGUCCAGGGGUGCUGUGCGGUGAGUGGGGCCGGGAUCAUGGAGGCCGUACAGCACUUGACAGAUAUGAUCAAGAGAAACCAGAUAGAGAGGCACUAAUAAUGGAACUGGAGGUUCUACCCCCUGCUCAGGACUCCUUCAGGCUGGCUUUACAGAGUACACCUAACAAACCUCAGGUACUUUGUCUCUUUUAUAAUCUGACUGUAUCUGAACUUUUAAAAAGCAAAGCGAUUAUAAUCCUGGAGACACCCUGUGCCCCCCCUCCUCACAAUGUGAUGAGCUACAUGGCUCAAGAACUGCAGAAAUGGGCACAAGAAUAGCGGGUACCUGGAGCUCUGCAUGAACAUUUAUGUUUUCAAUAUUCUGACUUUUUGGUUUUAUUUCUUAUCCUUAUCACUAUGGGAUGUGAUUUUGUUAGAA